AUGGAGAACCAGCAGGAAGUGAUGGUUGUAGGAAAGGUAUGUGAAAUCUAUGAGAAAAUCUCCAAACUAGCAGACCUCAAACCCUCCAGCCAUGUCAACGAACUCUUCACCCAACUUGUGACCAUUUGCAUCACCCCAUGCCAAAUAGAUGUUUCUCAGCUGGGCCAACAGGUUAGAGAAACCAUAGCAAAGCUAAUUAGACUUUGUGGGAAAGCUGAGGGGCUUCUUGAGAACCACUACUCAACCCUGAUAGGAUCACAUGAGAACCCUUUAAACCACUUGAAACUCUUCCCCUACUACUCCAAUUACCUCAAACUAAGCCACUUGGAGUUCACCAUGCUCACCACACACUGCACCCAAGUUCCCUCCCAUCUUGCCUUUGUGGGCUCAGGUCCCCUUCCUCUAACCUCAAUCAUGUUGGCCACCCAUUACCUCCGGCACACAUGCUUCCAUAACUACGACAUAGAUCCCUUGGCAAAUGCCAAGGCUCGUGGCUUGGUCUCAUCGGACCCUGACUUGUCAAAGAGAAUGUUCUUCCACACUAGUGACAUUCUAAACGUGUCAAAUGGCCUCAGGGACUAUGACGUGGUCUUCUUGGCAGCACUUGUGGGCAUGGACAAUAAGGAGAAAGCACAAGUCAUCAACCACUUAGCCAAGUUCAUGGCACCAGGAGCUAUUUUGUUGUUGAGGAGUGCACAUGGUGCUAGAGCCUUCCUCUACCCGGUGGUUGAUCCUUCUUCUGACCUCAAAGGUUUUGAAGUUCUCUCAGUUUUUCACCCCACUGAUGAGGUUAUUAACUCAGUUAUUGUGACACGCAAGCAUGUGGUGAAUCAAGGGGCUUAUUCAGCAGUUCUGGCUAGCAAAUGUUCUGGAGUUGAAGGAUUUAAUCCCUUCAACCAUGGGAAUGUUAUUGAGGAACUGACCGUUGAGGAUCAAGCUUGA